AUGGCAUGUACGUGCCAUAACAGUUGGGCUGAUAUAACAGCUACAAGAUUAGUUAAUUGUUGUUACAAUGAAUCAUCUGGAUUAUGGAUCAAUGAAUUAGCAUGGCAAUCUGGUAAUACAUUAGAAACAUUAGCUAACUUUGUAUCUCUGCUGAAUUCAUCCUUAAGAUAUGUCUUUUAUCAAACAUUUAUAAAAACAGAUAUGUUUGUUGGUGGUGUUUGUUAUGAUGAUUAUCAAUGGUGGUUACUAGGCUGGAUACAAGCAUACAAUGCUGAUCCAAAUAUAAAUUAUUUAUAUCGUGCUGCAGAUAUCUAUGAUAUUGUUGCAGAAAAAGCAUGGAAUACAACGACAUGUGAUGGUGGUAUUCAGUGGUGUCCAACAAAUCUGUAUAAAAACGCAAUCACUAAUGAAUUAUUUUUACUGAGCAGUAUGCGUUUAUAUCCUUAUGCUAUACUUCUCGGUAAACCAUCAACAUAUUAUCUUGAUUGGGCUCUAAAAGAAUGGCAAUGGUUUGAAAAUAGUGGGAUGAUUAAAAGUGAUUAUAUGAUUAAUGAUGGAUUAAAAUCUGCCUAG